ACGCCCGACGUUGGGGAUUAUGGGAAGGGAAUAUGCCGAUACGAGAAUUGUAUGAUACCAUGCGAAGGGGCGGGGAAAGCUGCGUCCGUUGUGAUAUAAUGAUACCCGUGCCAUACGCCUGCGACAAGCCAAAGGAGAAGAAGAAAAAAGUGAAAUGGAAUACUUGUACCGGUACUGUAACAGCUGUGAUACUGGGAACUGUGGGCACCGCCGUGGGGAGUGUCGGAGCGGUGAUGAGGACCUGUUGACGCUUUGGGUCUCUUUGGGCACGAGUACUCGAGUACGUGUGCUGGUACCGUGCUGUAGCUACUCGGUACCGGUGGUGUUGAGGCUCGAGUCUCAUCUACGGUACUGUACUGUGCUCCAAGUUACCCAUCCUCACCAUCCUUCUGCUCGCCCCGAGCAUCACGAGUGCGGAUACCGCAACAGCUCUAGCCUUUGCAGCUUUCGAGCUCUUUGUUUGCAGGGUGGAGUCGAGGCUAGGCGGGAGGAAAAAUUUUCACAACCAAAGUCGCCGGCCGCGGGGACACUGAAUAGCAACUGCCGAUUACGUACAGUACAGCUAUGUACGGUACAGGAGAGUACAGCCCCCCCCUCUCCCUUUUCCUCAAGUCCCUCUUCUGCUUUCUCCCCUUCCCUCUUCUCCCCCCCACCUCCGCCAAGUCCCACGCACAGCUCGUCACCCCGGAGCUUCGUCCAAUCAAACGCGAGACCCGCGCGAGAGCUAGCUUUUGAGGGGGGGAGAGGAAAGCUAUCAUCCAAAUUCGGCCUGUCCCUCCUCUCCUCCCCGUGUCCCGAUUUCUACCUGUCUCUUUCCUUACUUUUUCCUCCUCUCCUUCCUCAUUUUUCCUUUCUCCCCCUCCCCCCGGGCCCCGUUUCUGUGUGCUCUUUUAUCCUGUCUUGCACUUUCUCCGCCUCCCCGACCACUGGCAACCCAAGAGUCAAGACACCGUCCCAACCCUUCUUCUCAUCGCAUCGUCUCUUCUCCAUCACUCGAUCGUCGUCCCAUCUCUCCCAACCCCAAUCGAAUCCUCACCCGAGCACGGUGAAUCGACAGCAUGCCAGCUGCGGCUAAAUCCCCAUUGAACUCGAAGAAUCCGGCCACGGUCGUGAAGAAGAUGUACGCCGGGGGCGGAAUUGUCGGCAAUGGGGGACACGGGGAAGUCGUGUGCCCAUUGCUCAAUGCUGAUGGCUCGAUAUGCAGGAAGAAAUGCGUUGGUGUAGGUCAUCCUGGGGCUUUACGCCUGUGCGAGGGCUGUGUUUACCAUGUUGACUCUUUUCUUCCUCCCAGAACUUUGCUUACCGGUCCAUCUGCGAGCAUAUUCGACGGGCACAUCCGGAUAAUUGGAUUCCAAAGCUUCCAGCGAGCCCCGAAACGUUUGCAAAGAUGGUCAACCUACCUUCCAGGGCUCCGCCGGCGAGUGCUGUGAACCCCCAGUUUCAUGUCAGGAGGCCUCAGCACAUGCCGGCCGCUCCCACCAUGACAGUGUUUAGGAGGACUGGAAAAGGUCAGCUAGAACUGGGCUACCCAAAGGCCCUUCUCCGCGUACACAUCUUCGCAGCGAGAUGUCCCAGUUCCCUUCGGAAUUUGACUGUCGAGCCGUCCCGCUAACCCCGUUGUAGCUCUUUCCAAGCAUGAAGAUGAGCAGUUCGCCGACGGCAUGUCGCCUCCAUCGCCGGCAAACGAAUCGGAAACUCUUCCCUCGAUAUCCCUGUCUACGAAUCCCGUCACUUUCCAGUCAAAGUUCCCAGCCGUGAUGUCCGAUUACGAGGAGCACGGUGACGAAGAGGAUCACGAUUUCGUGGAGGAAGACGACCUUGAGGAGGAGAUGCGCUCUAGACGCAGCGAUAUUGUAAGUGCCUUUCCUUGCUCUUCCAUUCCCGAGAGCCAGCGUUGUUCCCACCCAGAGGUGCGGGGUGCAGACCAAUGACGGAGCAUUUUUUUCGCUCCGCCAGCAACGAUAGCAGUUCCGAUGCUUCUCAUUGGUCCGUCCCCGUGCCAUUUGUGACCGCAAGCUAUGUCUCACAAUUCCCUCGUGUGAACUCCAUGCACGGUGCGCUAGCUUCGCUGUGCUAUGACAUCGCGUUCGUGGAUUAAUAAUACCUUGUUUCAAAUAUGUUAUCAUGCCACUCGGAAUUCGAUGGCUAAUUUUCCGACCAUUUAGGACACGGAGGAUGAUAGCGACGAUGGCCCUCACAACCCCCACCGCCAUCAAUUGCUUCACCACAAUCACCACCGCAAUCAUUUGCAGUCCCAACUCCCUCCCCUCCGAACCAGCAAACCCUCGACCACUUUGAAGCGAAAGCGUCAAUCCUACGCCACCAGCAGUCCCGAGACCGGCGCCAUCGCCGACAAUUCCAGCACCCAGUCCUCCAAUGCUUCUCGUUGGGAUGAGCUCAUCGAAGCUGCAACCACCCGUGCUGUAGCAAUCGACCCGAAGCCCUUCCAUCAUCACCUAUCCCACCAUCACGAAUAUAGUCAUGUUCCGGUGGGUUCCCCGGUUGCGUUGAUGAUAUAGCUUGAAUCUUUUUCUGACGUUUACAACAGCAAACUCCACUGUCUCCUCCUGCGACCGCAUCGUCAUCUCACCCUUCGCUAGCACCCACUGCUUCACCACCAUCCACUUCAGUUUCCGAAUUCCCCAUGUCGGGCCCCCGCAGGCUCUUGUGCGCUACUUGUGAAAACCUCACGCCCAUCCACGAGGCUUUCGCGUGCACGGAAUGCAUGUCCGGAUUCUGCGACGAGUGUGCUUUCAACUCUGGAAGGAGGGGAAGCUGCGGGGAAUGCAGAGCUGUUGGUGGGAAAUUCAAGCCCCUCAGAAUUGUUGUCCGGUGAAAGCAAACCAAAAGUUUUGAAAGCCUUUCUCUCUCUAUCUCUUUCUUUUGGUGGGGUUAGGGGUGUUUUUUUUCUUCUUCUCUUUUUUUCCCUCCGCAUUUUGGCGUUUACAACAUGAUUUCUUCUGUAACCUUUUUUACACAUUUUUUUCUGUAUGUUCUGUAUGUUACUUUUUUCCCCAGGUGUUGUCUUUCAAACCACCCAAAAGAUGUUGAUUACGGUUGUCCGAGGCGGCUAUGGUACACGAAAGGUAUGAUAAAAGCCAUGAGGGAGUGAUUGUAAAGUUAGUUUUUUUUUCUUUUUUUCUUUUUCUUCUCCAUACCUUUGCCUUUACUGUGUACUGUGGUUUCGCUUUUCCUAGCUUGUGUAGCGGUUCAUAGGAGUUUGUUUGAGGCAUGUGUAUGCGCAUAAGGAUAUACCGUGUAACUAAAGGUGCCUAGCCCGCUCAUCAAACGCUGAUUUUUUUUACGAUUUUUUUUUUUUUCAAUCGAGAAGGGGAUAAACUUUUCCCGUUGCUCCCAUGCUUCCCUUCCCAGUAUCUAUUUAGAUUCACACCGCGUAGCGUACAGCCAAUGGGGUUAGCAUUGAUAUUGUGGAAGAAGAAAAGGGAAGGGCAAGCGGGGGAGUGGACUAGGGAAGGGGAAAAAAAUGAAAUGAGAAUUUAAUGAAAGAUUAAAAAUGGGAGGGUGAAAAAACAGAAAGGGUGAAAAAGGGAAAAGAAAAAAAGAAAAAAACUCCCUCCAUCAGCUAGACGACAAAACGGGUGGCUACAUUUGGGGUGGAGAGGGGU